GUUUGCUGACACGUUUCUCGCAAGAUUAUCCGUGUAUACAUUUCAGCUGUCACUCCGUGGCCCUUAUACUUCAAGAGAAUGUUUAUCUAGAACAAAAGAGUUCAACUAAGGGUUACGUUCUGUGGUAGACAUAUUCUUAGCUAUAAGUGAAGUGUGAUGCUUGUUUCAUAGCCGGAAAAAAAUAAAGGAUUAGUGCGUACUCACACCCGUGCUGCACUAACCUCUAAAUCGUUGGGGCGGGGCUUAAAGUGAUAGAUCUGUCAAUCACUCUACCGAUGCCUGCACGAUUUGCGAAUUACCCUUUCGCCAAUUACUAAAAAGACGCUGUCAGUAAAGACCACAAUUUCAAGCUAAUUGACUCGGCUCCCUGUGUUAUUUUAAUCAAAUUUCAAUUACCAAUCUGCCCUGUGAUUGGUGGAUUUCCGACGAGCUGUCCCCGGCCGCGGAGAGGCUGUUCGAUUUAAACAAACACCUCUUAUGACGUAACGAAUUAACACUGUAAGUAAUUCGUAAAUCCUUUUUGGAUACAAAGCGGCUCGCAGAUUGGGUCUAUUAGUCAGUCAGUGUGAUUCGGUGACCCCGAGCGAGCGUACUUCUUCCGGCCGGUUGUUGAACAGUGUUUAAAAACACAGUGCUUAAGGAUUUUUGGUUAGAUUUAAUUUCGGGUCAAGGGAUUAUGUCCGCCUUCAGAUCCUCCUUUACAAUUGAGAGCAUUCUUUCGCGGCCGACCCAUCAACGAUGCAUGCCGUAUACCAUUCCACACCCGUACCCAAUUAUGCCUCUGGCUCCAGGCUAUAUCGGAUUUCCGCGAUUUGGUGAUCUUUUGCGCUCUCAGCCGAAGCGCAAGAGACGACAUCGGACGAUAUUCACAGAAGAGCAACUUGAACUACUUGAGGGCACGUUUCAGAAAACACACUAUCCUGACGUUCUCCUCCGAGAAGAACUAGCGAUGAAGGUAGACUUAAGGGAAGAACGUGUCGAGGUGUGGUUCAAGAACCGAAGGGCGAAAUGGAGAAAACAAAAGAGGGAAAAUCAAGAAUAUAAGAAGCAGACUCAAGAUUUAACGACAACUAAAACCGCUGAAGAUUUACAAAUACAAAGCUCUCCAGCAAAGGACAAAGGAAACGACAGAGAAAAUUCGUGUGGCAUACAUGCACACAAAAUCGUGGAGCUUUCGAAAGUCCAAGAGGCUUUCACUGAGACAUCAAGACUAAAUAACACGAAAGGGCGGCCAGUGACAUUGCGUUCUCCUACAGUGGGCAGCGAAGUUUAGAUUUCCUUGUAUAUAUGUAGAUAAAUACCGUAUUUCAAGUCUGACUGUAUAUUAUUUGCGAAUAGGAAUGCAGAUUUAUUUAUUUCGGAAUUUCAAAUCGGUGUGAAUGAGAUUACUGAAUAGGGAAUCAUCGUUUUAUUAUAUAUCUUAGGUGUAAAAUCGUGUACAAAAAAAUAAUAAUAAUAACGGCGGAUUUGAAACUAUUCUGCUUUUGCUGCUGAAUGCAAUACAUUUUAGUUUAGAUCGCUUUGCCUGUUAACUUUUCUAUCGUUAAAGAAAAGGAAACACUUUUUAACGAAAGUAAGCACUUUUUAACAUCUUUCCCAACGAACGCAUUUUGUUCAAUUAACAUAUUUCCUCGAAGUACUGUUGUAGUUCAUUCUUAAACGUCUUGAAUUUUACAGCCCAUCUUUAUCCGUGGAAAGCAAGCAUAUCUAAAGUCAUGAUCAUUCAAUAAAGAGUGAAAACACCUGGAACUGUAGUGUCGUUAUCAAAAGACUCAAGGACGGGACUGUAAAAUAAUAAUAAUGUUAGUGGCGUUGACCGAC